AUGCAGGGCAGUCACACUGCUGUCCUCAUCCUGGAACUUCUCAUAUGCUGGUUUGAGCCACUGGCUGCCUGUCAGCAAAAAUCAGGAGGAUAUCCUUCAAAAUGCAAGAUCCCUACUGAAACAGGAAAAUGCAAAGGAAGCUUUCCACGUUUUUACUUUGAUAUCCGUACCAGGAAGUGUGAAGAAUUUGUUUACAGCGGCUGUGGAGGCAAUGCUAAUAACUUCAUGAAUCCGGUCAAUUGCAUUUGGGAAUGUGAAAGGUUUGUAUAUAUGCCUAGGAGAUGUAAGCUCCCUGUAGUCAGCGGGCCCUGUAGAUCGUACAAUCGUCGCUUUUUCUAUAAUACCAAGACCAAUAGAUGUGAGCUGUUUAUCUAUGGCGGCUGUAAAGGCAAUGCGAACAACUUUACAGAACGGAUUGAUUGCAUCCGUCAGUGCCAAAGUUAUGGUAAGACAAAAAGACAAUUGACAGCACCUACUUUUAUUUUAGUAUUAUCCAUAAGACUUCUAUUUCCAGCAAUGCAGUAUUUUGUCCUUAUCUAA